AUGUCGGACUUGUCCAAGCUGGCCGCCACCUUUGCCGUGGGCUCCGCCGUGGGCGCCGCGGCGGCCGUGCUGGCCCUGCGCCAGCCCAGGAGCCUCAAGGCCCUGCCCAAGCUCUACGUGUACGACCACUGCCCGUACUGCGUGCGCGCGCGUAUGAUCUUCGGCUUUAAGAAGGUGCCCCACGAGCUGGUGUUCCUGGCCAACCACGACGAGGCCACGCCCAUCGGCCUCGUGGGCUCCAAGCAGGCCCCGAUCUUGCAGCUGGCCGACGGCCACGCCUUCCCGGAGAGCAUGGACAUCGUCAAGUACGUGGACGAGCACUUCGGCGGCCCGGCCGUGCUGGCCCCGGCCGCCAACCGGCCCGAGAUCAAACAGUGGAUCAAGGACACGGCCGACGUGUUCCGGCUGCUGUACCACCCGCGCUUCCACGCGGCCCCCUUCGCCGAGUUCGCCAUGCUCGAGAGCCGCGAGUACUACCGCAUCAAGAAGGAAAAGACCAUCGGCCCGUUCGACGAGGCGCUGGUCAAGACCCCCGAGCUCGUGGAGCAGGCCAACAAGUUCCUGGAGCAGCUGGCCCCCAUGUUUCACUCCAGCCACUCGGUGAACGAGCAGCUCAGCUACGACGACAUCGACCUGUUCGGCCGCCUGCGCGGCCUCACGCUCGUGCGCGACCUGGAGUGGCCGCCCAAGCUCCGCGAGUACAUCGACUACAUGUCCGAGAAGUCGGACAUCCCGCUGCUGGACAACAUGGCCGUGUACUAAACUGGCCACUGGUCGUGUGAAGUAGCAGGCAUACUGUAGGCUCUUGGCCCGAAGUUAAGGAAGUACAGCCGCCAU